CUUCCACUGAUCACUGAUGUGUUUUGUAAUUUAUCCGAUUUUUAAAAUACAAAUGAAUUAAUUUGAAAGUAAAAAUACUUGAUGUGAAUGAAACGUUGUUGCUGCAUCUUUAGUUUAGUUUCUAUACUUUUGUUAUGCUGAAAGGACAGGUUUAUUGUUAAUUAUUGACAGAAGUUCAGAAUGGCAUCUAACAGUCCAAAACACUUACCCAAUGGCCCUCCUGGAACAAGACCUUUGAUGAUGCCUCCACCUCCACCAUUUGGAAUGACUCCUCCACCCAUUCCUCCUAAUUUCAUGGGUGGUCCAAUGAGACCAGGUACUGAUGGUAUGCGCCCUCGCAUGAUGAUGCCUCCAGCUGGUACUCCAGGUAUGCCUGUUCCAUUUCCAACACCUGGUAUGCCAGCUCCAGGAUUCCCCGUACCUGGAUUUCGUGGUAUGGCACCUGUGCCUAACAUGGCACCUCCUGGAACAACCAUUCCAACACCAGCUGUAAUAUCUGCUCCUCCAACUAAUACUGCUAAUGCUACUGCCCCUUCAUCUCCAUCAGUUAAUGGCAAUGUACAAAAAGAUAAUACCCAGAUUGAAGUUACAUCAUCACCCACAAAAAUGGCUGAAAAAAAAAGUAAUUGGACUGAGCAUAAAGCUCCUGAUGGUAGAACAUAUUUUUAUAAUCAUGUUACAAAGCAGUCUAGUUGGGAAAAGCCAGAUGAAUUAAAAUCUCAAUCAGAACUUUUACUAUCUGCUUGCCCAUGGAAAGAGUACAAGUCAGAAACAGGAAGAACUUAUUACCAUAAUAUUCAAACGAAGGAAUCUAGGUGGACCAUUCCAAAAGAGCUUGAAGAAUUGAAAAGUCUUGUUUCUUCAAAAGAUGAAAAUGAAAGUCCUGUUAAAUCUGCAUCACCUUCUACUACUUCAACUACUACUUCUUCUCCAAAUGUUAAUGCACAAGCUAAUUCUUCUGGUUCUCCUGCUAUUGCAUCACCUCUUGCUGAAAGCCAGAAUGUCGCCAACAUUCAACUUCCUUCCAUGGCUGGCCCUCCUGCAUCAACUGGUGGCUCUGCAGCGAAUGAAGCUGUGGGUACACCUUCUGAUCAAGGUGAAGGAGAUGACAGAACUGAUGUUGAUGAUGAAGUAGAUGCUUCAAAGCCUGUUGCAUUCAAGGACAAAAAAGAAACAAUUGAAGCUUUCAAAGAUUUGUUGAAAGAAAAGAACGUCCCAAGCAAUGCAACAUGGGAGCAGGCCUUGAAGUUAAUUGUUAAUGAUCCUCGCUAUGGUACACUAAAAAAACUAAAUGAAAAGAAGCAAGCAUUUAAUGCUUACAAGACACAAAAAGGAAAAGAAGAGAAGGAGGAACAACGACUUAAGGCUAAGAAAGCCAAGGAAGAACUAGAAGUAUUUUUACAAAACUGUGAUAAAAUGCAUUCAUCAAUACGCUACAGAAAAGCUCUGGAAAUAUUUGGCGAUCUUGAAGUCUGGAGAGCUGUUCCGGAUAGAGAGCGAAAAGAAUUAUAUGAAGAUGUUGUAUUUUUUGUUGCCAAGAGAGAAAAGGAAGAAGCAAAGGCACUUAGAAAGCGUAACAUGAAAGUGCUAAGCAAUGUAUUGGAUUCCAUGACAAGUGUUACUUAUAGAACUACAUGGCAAGAAGCUCAGCAAUUAUUAUUAGAUAAUCCACAGUUUUCAGAAGAUGCUGAGCUUUUAAAUAUGGAUAAAGAUGAUGCUUUGAUUGUAUUUGAGGAACACAUACGGCAGUUGGAGCAAGAGGAGGAAGAAGAAAAAGAAAGAGAGAAGAAAAGAAUCCAGAGACAGCAACGAAAGAACAGAGAGGCCUUUGUGCGUCUUCUCAAUCAACUUCAUGAAGCAGGAAAGCUGACAUCUAUGUCACUUUGGGUUGAACUAUAUCCUACCAUUAGUGCUGAUGUUAGAUUUAGUAACAUGCUAACUCAACCAGGUUCAACUCCAUUGGAUCUUUUCAAAUUUUAUGUUGAAGAAUUAAAAGCUCGCUUUCAUGAUGAGAAAAAAAUUAUUAAAGAACUACUCAAGGAAAAAGGUUUUACAGUUGAAGUUAAUACAUCAUUUGAAGAAUUUGCUACAAUUGUUAGUGAAGAUAAAAGAUCUGCUACAUUAGAUGCUGGAAAUGUAAAGCUCACUUAUAACAGUUUGUUGGAAAAAGCUGAAGCUAGAGAAAAAGAGAGACUUAAAGAAGAAGCAAGAAAACAAAGGCGCCUCGAGAAUGCUUUUCGUAGCAUGCUUAAAAAUGCCGUCCCCAGUGUGGAUUCAUCUGUUGAAUGGAGUCAGGUUCGAAAACAAUUUGAAAAUGAAGCCCCAUUUGAGAACAUAACUGUUGAAUCUGAAAGGGUCAGAUUAUUCAAAGAAUACCAGCAAACACUUGAGGAAGCGUGUAGUCAUCAUCACAGCAAAUCCAAAAAGCAUUCUAAGAAGAACAAAAAACAGAAACGACGUUCAAGGUCACAUUCCAGAUCUAGAUCAGAAUCUGAUGAUGACUACAGACAUAAAAGUAAUCGCAAGAAGAAACAUAAAUCCCAUUCAAGAUCUCGUUCAAGGUCAAAAAGUCGUUCAUCAGUGGAUUCUCACAAUCGAUCUGAUGAAGAAGAACAUUCAAGACGUCACAAGAAGAAGUCUCGGAGGAAGGAUAAAAAAAGAUCUCCAACUCCAUCGUCAUCAGAGGCUGAAAGUGAUGUAGAUCGCCGAGAUCGUGAUCGUAAAAAAAAGAAAAAGGAUCGACAUCGUAAUCAUAGUCGAAGUCAAAGUAGCAGCAAUUCCAGGGAAGAAGGUGAAGUGGAUCAAGCUAGUGAUAAGAUUGGAUUCCUAGUUGAACAUCGUAAGCCUAAAGGGAAAUUCUCUGAAAGUGAUGCCAGUGAGGAAGAACUAGAACUUCGUAGAAGACUUUUAUUGCAACAACUAGCAGCUCAUCAAUAGUUUUAAUUAUUUUCAUAUCAAUUAUUUUUUGUAAUUCAUUGUGCAUUUCACAAAUUUCAUCAGUUUUACAUCCUGAUCUAUUUAUUUUGAUCAAAUAAGAUAUUAAAAAACAAACUUUCCAAUCAAAUUCAAUAAUAAAACUAUGUAAUUCAUGUUCUUCCAUUUUGGUUUGAAAAUAAAACUGUUCUGUAAAUUAUAAA